AUGGCCUCUAAUCCUGGAACUGCACGCUCCACCCUGUCGCUCAGUGACCUAGAAGAGCAUGGCAGUGUCGGCUGCACACCGCAAUCUCCAGCUCUCGACUGCAUACGAGUUGACCUGUACACAGCAUGUGUGCGCUAUAAGCCCACAUUUAUCGGACUACCCUUCUGCAGCACGGUAACGAUGAAGGAUCGCCAAUCUACGGAGAAGCCAGCCCUUCCCUCACGAGGGACGAUAAUGGGACGGCUAAUUCUGACGAGCGCCGUUGUUGCACUCGGUGCAUACCUGGCCUACCACAGCCUGCCUGCCCCCCGUCCAAGGCUGGAAACCUGGCAGAGUAAACUGAUGUACACUCUCCGCUGGCAGGUCUUCUCUCUUUCCACCUUAUUGCUAGGGGUGAUGAUAGUGGCUCUCGUCCGAUUCUGCACCCCAGCCAUCCAUCCCCUCGACCCCCGCGGGGAGGCGUACAUUGGGGUGUACACCCGCUGCCUACAGAACACCCUGGAGCAGCUCGUCCUCAGUGUCCCUGGACAGUUGAUCCUCAGUAGCUACCUGGAGUCGGACUCACUGAAGAUCAUUCCAAUUCUUGUCGUUGUCUUCGUCGUUGGUCGAGUGGCCUUCUGCCUUGGGUACCCGAUCAACAGGUCUUACGGCUUCGCCAUAUCGUAUUUUCCCACGCUUUUCACAUAUGGAAUGGAUAUUUUCUUUUUCUUCACCGCAGGGCCAGCCUUCCGGUUGACUGGAGAUUAGAUUGAAUCAUGGGUGAUGGAAACCUAUACACAAUAGUACUUCAAGUGAUUUUCGAUGACCUGAUAGCAAUGCUCAGCGUAAUCUCACCAAAACUGAACGUAUCGCAUCACCUAUAUACUACGGCGGAAAACGAAAAACGUCAAAGGGUAGAGGUCAGUUAUUGUUCGAAGCAAAUUGUGAAACAAUGUAAAUAAUGUCUCCCACUCCCACUAAAUUUUAUCAUCUUGGAAAAUGUCCUUUCAAAUAUACUGCUAUGUUUAUUUACAUACUUAGAUUAUUGCGAUUUUGCCCCCAAAAUCCUCGGGGUUAUUUCACUAACACAAGCGCGAUGAAGCAUGUAGGUGGAUAACAUUGGUCAGAUCCCCGAGAAAACCCCGUUCUUCGCCAUGUAUCUGAUAACUCUCCUGACUUCAGGCCCCACCUGAACAAACAGAAGUUGGAUUAAAGCGCGCGACUUUAUUGGUCGACGGCAGAUGAACUGCGACCAGAGCGAGGCUUGGGCCGAGUGAAACAACAAUUACCAGAACUUGGUCAAUGAGGACGAAGCAAUAUUUGCCCACCACCAGAAUACAGAAAAACAAUAACGUGUGUGCCAUUCAUUUAACAUGGUAGCCAAAGGACAAAUGAAAACCAAUGCUCGUUCCUGUUGCUUAUAAACUGAUUCCGUGCUAAAUUUCUGGUAAACUUACGCUUAGUCAGAAAGUGCAGAGAUCAUAAUUGAUUUAUAUUUGUUCUGAUUCACGAAUUUACGUACAAAUACACGCUGAAAUGACUAACCAGGUUUCAGCUAAUACUUCUACUUUAUUGUCACUGCUUUCACGUUUUUAUUUAGAAAGUCGAAUGCAUGACAGAUGUAUUAGAAUCGUUAUUUCAAAAAGUUUUUAGCUUAUUCUGUUACGGUCAGUCGGCUAUAACUAAAUGUUUUGUACACGAGUAUCCUUUUGGUGGCCGACUUUGAGGCAACAAUAAGAAUACUUGAACUAAGCUCAUGUUCUCUGUAUUUACAAUAGUAAAUAAAUGUAUAUAUGUUAAA